AUGUCUUAUAACGACCCUACUAUUGAAAAAACCGCAAUCUUGGCCAAGUAUUUGGACCUUGACCAACGUGGCGCUGUGAUUGCCGAAUAUGUGUGGAUCGACGGGUCCGGAAACGCGCGUUCCAAGGGUCGCACUUUGUCUAAACCCGUCACCAGCGUCGACGAGCUUCCCGAGUGGAAUUUCGACGGUUCCUCGACCGGCCAAGCUCCAGGCCACGACUCUGACGUGUACUUGAAGCCCGUGGCUUUCUACCCAGACCCCUUCCGUCGCGGUGACAACGUCUUGGUUCUAGCCGAGUGCUGGAACAACGACGGCACCCCAAACAAGUUCAACCAUCGUCACGAGGCUGCCAAGCUUUUCGAAGCCCACCGCUCCUCCGAAAUCUGGUUUGGUCUAGAACAGGAGUACACGCUCUUUGACGCCGCCGACAAGGUCUACGGAUGGCCCACCAACGGGUUCCCAGCUCCUCAAGGUCCUUACUACUGUGGUGUAGGUGCUGGCAAAGUGUACGCCCGUGACAUGAUCGAAGCCCACUACCGUGCGUGUCUAUAUGCUGGCAUCAAGAUCGCCGGUAUCAACGCCGAAGUCAUGCCUUCCCAAUGGGAAUUCCAAGUUGGUCCUUGCACCGGUAUCGAAAUGGGUGACCAGCUAUGGAUUGCUCGUUACCUAUUGUCUCGGGUGGCUGAAGAAUUCGGUGUCAAGAUCUCGCUCCACCCUAAGCCUUUGGCCGGCGACUGGAAUGGUGCUGGCUGCCACACCAACGUCUCCACCAAGGAAAUGCGUGUUCCAGGUGGUAUGAAGCACAUCGAGGAUGCUAUCGAAAAGCUCAGCAAAAGACACAUUGAGCACAUCAAGCUUUAUGGUGCCGACAACGACAUGCGUCUAACCGGCCGUCACGAAACCGCCUCGGUGACCAGCUUCUCUUCUGGUGUUGCCAACCGUGGUGCCUCAAUCAGAAUCCCCAGAUCUGUGGCUAAGGAAGGUUAUGGUUACUUUGAAGACAGAAGACCUGCUUCUAACAUCGACCCUUACUUGGUCACCGGUAUCAUUAGUGAAACCGUUUGCGGUGCUAUCGACAACGCUGACAUGACCAAGGAGUAUGAAAGAGAAAGUUCUUAA